CUCUAAACUGACUCCGGGAACCUGAACGCAUGGUUUGUCCCUUGAUCCUUUUGCUGAAAAGACUAUGUGCUGUUUGAGGCUGGAGACGGUGGGCAAGUCCUGUGGGUGUGCAGCGCCCUCCAACGCACCGGGAAGCGAGCAGAUUCUACGCGCUCCCAGGGACUAGAGUGGAAGCCAUGAUGGAUUCCCGGCGCGACUCGGCGGGCCCUAGCUGCUGGGCCACCUGCACCAACUUCUGGAGCACCCAAAAGGGAAUUCUUCUGUUUGCUGAGAUUAUAAUCUGCUUGGUGAUCCUGAUAUGCUUCAGUAUCUCAGCACCAAAAUACUCCUCCCUUUCAGUGGGUGAGGAGAUCGUUGCUGUGUUUUUCUUGGUCCUCUACUCGUGUAACCUGCACACCAAGAUAACUAUCGUCAACUGGCCCUGGUGUGAUUUCUUCCGAACCUUCAUAGCAGCGAUACUUUUCCUGAUCACCUCCAUUAUUGUCCUUGUUGAGAAAGGAAACCUCUCCACAAACAUCGCAGGGUUACUGGGCCUAAUCGCUUCUGGCAUCUUUAUCUAUGAUGCCUCUGUCACCUUCCCCUUGCGAUAA